UGGGGUGUCGGAUUCAAGACAUGCUAAUUCAUAGGUUGCUUGCAUGAGAGAGAGAGAGAGAGAGAGAGGGGAGAGAGGAAUUGAAAAUAUUUUGCUGAAGAAUAAUGGAGGGGAACAAAGAAGACAGAGAAGGGGGAUUCGACAAUCAAAACCCUAACCUUAGUCAGAGCAAAGGAUUGAAAGGAAAGUCAUGCAAGGGAUGUCUCUACUACUCAUCGCAGCAAAAAUCCAAAUCCAAAAACCCCACCUGCGUUGGCUUCUCCAGAGCCCUCCAAGUACCCAAUUAUGUUGUGGGGGGAACUGAGUAUGAAGCUUCCAAAGAGGGCCGCAACCUUGCAGAUUUCAGGUAUGGUUGUGUUGGUUACUCGGUCUACUUGGACAACAAGGACUCUUCAAGUGAUCAGCAGAAUCAAGAAGCAAAAUUGCCGUUUUGUGUUGGUCUUGAGAUAUUGUUGGACAGAAGACCAGUACAACAUGCUCCUGCUGAUGUUCAUGGAAGUGAAGAAGAUGCUAGUGCUUUGCCUCAACCUCAACCUCAACCUCAACCCUACAAACCAAUUCAUCACCCAGGAGAUGAAUUCCUGAACAGGUUUACUAGGAAUGCUGGACUAGUAGCAUCAAGUGUGGGCAAGAAUCUGAACAGAGUGUACAACUCCAUAAAAGGGAGUCUUGAUGACAUAUUAUUCCCUUACCGAAGGCCACCUAAGUAAUGUUGCUGAUUAUAGUUGCAAUGUAGAUUACUAUUUCAAGAAUAAUAUAUAUAUUGUCCAAUUUUGCCAAUUUUAAGUUAUAAAUUGUUUUGUUUUUCUCGUUUCUUGUAUUAAGUAAUAAACUAUUGUUGAGGAACGAACAUGGAUCUCUUUCCGCUUAAUUAUAUAAUUUGCGUUUCUUAUCUGA